AUGCUGAUUUCUACACCCUCACUUACGACCAAAUACCCUCAACAACAACAAAGAUCCGAGAGCCAAUCUCACUCAAAGGAUGAACAAGGACAAGCCGGCUCAUCAAAGAGUGGAAAGGAGACAGCAUCCGGUGACUUUGUGAGAAAAUCAGACUUGGAAGCGUUCUUCAAGUCCUUGGCUCUCAAAGAGUCCGACGGUAAAACUUUCUUAACCCUUAGUCCUAAGAGUUCUCUAGUUGUUGAUUCGGGUGCUUCACAUCAUAUGAUUAGUAACUCGAAUAUCUUAAGCAAUAUUGAACCGGCUAAUGGGAAUGUUAUAAUAGCUAAUGGGGAUAAAAUACCAGUCCAACGAAUUGGUAAUCUAAAGCUAUUUAAUAAAGACUCCAAGGCAUUUUAUAUGCCUAAAUUCACUUCUAACCUUCUAUCGGUAAAGAGGGCAACUAAUGAUCUUAAUUGUUAUGCAAUCUUUGGGCCUAAUGAUGUUUACUUUCAGGAUAUUGAGACUGGAAAACUAAUAGGAGAAGGUGGUUCAAAGGAUGAUCUUUAUGUUCUUGAAGACACCUCUCUUAAAUCAUCAAGCUCGCCUUAUGUUUCUUGUUUAGGUGUUUCUUUUAAUGUUAUGUGGCAUGCUAGAUUAGGUCAUCCUCAUUCUCGAGCCCUUGAAUUGAUGAUACCUAAUGUUUCGUUUAAUCACUCUAGUUGUGAGGCUUGUAUUCUUGGUAAACAUUGUAAGACUGUUUUCUCUAAGUCCACUACCUUUUAUGAAAUAUGCUUUGACUUAGUUCAUUUUGAUGUGUGGACUUCUCCAUGUGUUUCUAGGGAUUGUAACAAGGAUGUCAAGUUUCUUGAAGAACAAGGCUACUUUGACAAGAAAGAUUGGGAUGAUCUCAAGGAUCUUGCAAAUCCUACUGAUCGAUCCGCCAGUCUCAAGUUCUUACUCGAUCACCUUGGCGUCUCCAUACAUCAAAACCUAAAUGUGUCUCAGGAUACUCCACCUGACUCGACUGCGCCAGAAGGGGAGAACAUACUUGGGUCGACACAGGAGGAACAAGUUCUCCAGCCGGUUAACAUCUCUGAGCCGACGCCACAACCAUUGAGAAGAAAUCAAAGGAUCCGAUCACAUGAACAACAAGCCGCUGAGCCGACGCCACAACCAUUGAGAAGAGGCCAAAGACUCAAAUCUCAUCCAAAAGUAUACUACAAUAACCACGCGGUUGCUCAUCCAAUUCAAGCUGUAUGCUCUCUUGCACUACUACCGGCCGAUCAUCAGGCGUUUCUCAGCAAAAUCGAUGAACACCAUAUCCCUAGUACCUAUGAGGAAGCCAAGGAAAGUAAGGAGUGGUUGAAUGCUGUUGAUGAUGAGGUUGGAGCAAUGGAGCAUAAUCAUACUUGGGAUGAAUCCGAUCUUCCACCAGGAAAAGGGGCUGUAAGCUCCAAAUGGGUAUUCACCAUCAAGUAUUUGAGCAACGGGGAAAUUGAGAGAUACAAAGCUCGACUUGUCGCUCGCGGCUUCACACAAAACUAUGGGGAAGAUUAUAGAGACACUUUUGCACCGGUAGCAAAAUUACAUACGAUGGAUGUCAAAAACGCCUUCCUACAAGGAGAACUACAAGAGGAAGUGUAUAUGACACCACCACCAAGUUUUGAAGACCCAUUACUCCAGGAAAGGUAUUACGCUUGA